AUGAUUGCGGCAUUGGAAGACCUAGUGCAACGGUCAAAGGUGGAAGAAGGAAUUGAAGGGCAAAGGGAGCAUUUUGACGAUAUCCGGGAAUGCCAAUGGAGUACCCUAGAUCUCUGCGCACCGGAUGCAUUCACUCUCAUUCUGGGCAACGAGGAUAUCCGGGUAGUCUCUCACAUUACCCAUAUUCAAGAGUACUGUCGAGGAAAAGGCGUUGCUUUCAAUUUCUGGCGCCUUGGUACAGACUUCAACAUAGUGAGACAGGGCUGGUUUUCUACAGAGCUGAACAAGUCAGGGGUGUUCGUUCGGCCCGAUCAACAUAUCAUGAUGAGAGUCACUGAAGAGACGGCCGGGAACAACCUGAUCGCCAUGUUGGACAACCAUAUUGGAAAAUAA